GCGUGGUCGGGGUGGGGGCCCUGGUCCCCCUGCUCGGUCACGUGCGGCAGCGGCAGCCAAUGGCGAGGCCGCACCUGCUCCGACCCCGCCCCCCGCUGCGGGGGGGGCUGCGGCGAGGGCCCCGAACGAGAGACCCGGAUGUGUACCGCCCCCCUGGUCGCGUGCCCAGUGGGGGGCUCCUGGGGGCCGUGGGGGCCCUGGAGCAGCUGCUCCCGGAGCUGCCGCACCGCGGGGGCUCCCGAUCCGGAGCGAAUCCGGAGUCGGAGCUGCGAUUCGCCCCCCCCCUCGGAGGAGCCGCCGGGAGCCCCGUGCGGGGGGAACGGCUCCGAGCGGCAGAGCUGCCCGGGAGUGGUGCCCUGCCCCGUGGACGGCUCGUGGGGCUCCUGGGCCCCCGCCUCCCCCUGCCCGGUCACGUGCGGGCUGGGAGCGGUCACGUGGGUGCGCGCGUGCGACUCCCCCGCCCCCCAGCAUGGCGGCCGCGGUUGCUAUGGCAACGGCACCAGGCGCGAGCUCUGCGGGCCGCACGGGCCCUGCCCGGAUGUGCCGCGCUGGUCACCGUGGGGCGCGUGGUCCCCCUGCGUGCGGCCGCUAUGGGGCCAGCUGAGCUGCCAGGAGGCCGUGGGGCAGCAGCGGCGCACACGGGAAUGUGUGGGGCGCCGGCCAGGGGGGCCGCCCUGCCCCACGGAUGAGGACGGUGGCACCAUCCAGGUCCACGCCUGCUACAACAUCCAGCACUGCCUGCUGGAGGGGAACUGGUCGGACUGGAGCUCCUGGAGCCUCUGCACCCCCCCGUGUGGGGCCAGCCCCACACGCAGCCGCACGCGCGAGUGCCAACCCGUCUACCCCGACUACCCGCUGUGGGUGACCCCGGUGGGCUCCAGCACCCCAUCUCGAGUGCGUUUCUGGGGGUCCCCCCGGCCGCGGUGCCCCCCCCUGGACGGGCAGAGACUGCGCCUGGAGGAGAAACAGCCCUGCGAGGGGGGGAGGGGCUGCCCCGCGCCCCACGAGGACUGAGCCCCCCCCGAUGACGUCACAGCGCCCCAAACCCGCUGGAUUCACCCCAGAAGCUUCUCAAUAAACGCCCUUCUCUCCCCCC